AUGAAAUUAUUGCGAAUUAUAAAAGAAGUGUUUCUGUUUUGUCGACACAGUAUAAUUUUCCAUUUGGAUUCGUAUCCCUUACAAAACAAAGCAAUUAUUGACUUUAUAAAGUCUCGAACUCCAUCGAUUGAUGGUUGUGACAUCUAUGGAAAAACUGAAACAGAUGAAGACGUUGAAUACUUUCUGAAUAACCUGAAUGUAACUGAAUACGUCAGAAUUGAUGUGAAACUCAGUGAUAGUUUCAGGUUCCCACAGGACAACUAUCUUGAAUAUUUUGUCGUUUAUUCCGCAAGCUGGGUUACAUUUGAUCAACUUCUUCAUCUGAAUGCAUCAAGGCUUUACAUCCACGGUUCUAUAUUAACAAACCAAGAACUGAAUUCUUAUUUACUUCUAUGGAUGACUUCUCAAUGUCAUCAAAAUCUAAAGUUUCUUUUGAUAGACAUUACAGAGCCUCAAUCUCUCGACACAAUUUUAAAUCUACCACAUGAGAGGAUCAAUCCUGAUGUUGAACGGAUUGUUAGACUACCGAAUAACGACACUAUUUUAUUAAAGGAAGGUAUCGAUAUCAAGAGAAACGACGGGAUGACUGGAACCAUUCAUUUCGAUUGGAGACUUGAUAAAAUGCGACUGAUGAUAUUUCUGUACAAAUGGGCCACCAACAAUGAAUGCCAAAAACGAGUACUGAUAGCCAUGAACAGAUAUUGGAACAAGGAUAUCAAAUAG